AUGUCCAGACUGCAAAGUGCUUUGGCUGCUUGUUCUGAAGUGUCAGCCCUGUUCAUUACAACACCAGAGCAGAUGGAAGCACUGAGCGGAUCCUGUCUGCAAAUCCCGUGUAACUUUAGUGCUGCCACAGAUAGGCAAGAGAAAUUUGAUGGUACAAGAGCAACAUUUGGAGUGUGGCACCAAAAUGAAGCUGUCGUUUUCAACAGCAGUAAGAAAGAUAACAGUUAUCCAAUACAGAUUACUGGAAACCUGCGUCAGAACAACUGCACCACUUUAUUUUCCAGUUUAAGCACAGAUCACAGAGGCACAUACUCCUUCAGAAUUGAGAACAGGCCAUUCCUUGCAACAGCUGUUUGUGAUCCUCUUCAGAUAAUAGUUGAAGAUGUUCCUCCGAGGCCCAAAAUUAAGAUCUCAGGUGAUCUGAAGGAGAAUGAGUUUGUCACUAUAACCUGCUCAGCGUCCACUCCCUGUCCACACUCCCCUCCUAAACUCACCUGGACUCUCACUCAAGACCCUCACAACACAACUGAGGAGAACAAAGAUCGAACCCUAACAACUAAAAUCAAGACAACCAUCAUUCUGUCAGACCAACAUGAUGGAGUCAACUUCAGCUGUUCUGCCUCAUAUCCUGUGGAGGGAGGAAACUAUAAGACAGCAGAGGAAGAACUGACUCUCAGUGUUUCAUAUGCUCCUAAGGAUACCUCAGUGUCCAUCAGUCCACCAGGUUUGGUGUCAGCAG